AUGGCUCUAUUUAAAUUAAAAUCUGUAUCAACUAUAUUAAUAGAAGAUGAUUAUAAUAAAAAUAUACUCCCAUUGCUUUUAGAGUUGGUUGGAAAUACCAAUAACUGCAUGAAAAUAUUUAGUUAUGAACAACCUCUUCAUAUUUGGCAAAAUAUUUUUAAAGGAAAAUUAGUGCAAUGUUUUAAAGAAUUUCAACCAGAUAAAUGUAUGAAAUCGAAUGAGAAUUUUAUAUGUGUUAUAGAUUCAGUAAAUCAAAUGGCCUUAGAAUUAGGUUGGAAUAUGUGUUUGAAGUAUCUAAGAAAUCUUCAGACAAGUUCAAAUGUAACAAAAACUAUAUUAAUAUUACAUCGAGACUGUCUUUUACCUGGUUCAAAACUACAGGCACACUUAAAUCAUAUUGUGAAUGCUAUUAUAACAUAUGACAAUACAAAUGUUGACAAGGUUUGGAUCCAAGUUAAGAAAAAUGGUAAAUUUUUUAAGAGUGAGGAAAUUGUAUCGUAUGAUAGUAAAACAAGUACAUUGAAGUUGUCUCCUGUCAUAAAAGCUGAUAAGAAAGUUGAAGAAACAGAAAGAAUUUCACCAGGGAAUCUCACCACAUUUAAGAUAGAAACCGAUCAAACACAACAACUCGAGAAACAUAAGCUGAAGCUACCCUAUAUGAGUAAAAUCAAUGAAGGUCAAGGUAAAGUUUACUAUGAGCCAGAUGCUGUAGAUGACUGGGAUGAUGAAGAUCCAGAUGAUGAUUUAGAUAUA